AUGUGGUGGAAUUCCUUCUUCACGUACUUAUGUGCAAGUGCAAUUCUGGUGCUUGUGUACCUGCGAUGGACCCGAAGGAAAAUGUAUGCCACUUUGGCUAACAUGUCUGGCCCCAGAAAGCUGCCACUGAUUGGGCAUGCCCAUAAGUUUUUCGGAGCUAGACCAGGAGUAAUCGCUAACACACUCCAGUAUUUCGGAAGCUUCCCCUCUCCGGUGUGUAUCUACAUGGGACCUUUGCCCCAUGUGACCAUUUUCGAUCCCGAACAGCUCCAGGUGCUUCUGCAUUCUCAGAACUGCCUUGAUAAAUCCAUUCAGUACUCAUUUCUACGGGUUUCCCGAACGAUGAUAAGUGCACCCGCUCACUUGUGGAGGGGACAAAGGAAAGCUCUGAAUCCUUCGUUCGGACCUGUCAUUCUCAACAAUUUCAUUCCGAUCUUUAACGAGAAAUGUGCCAUCCUGACUGGAUUGCUUGAGCAGCACGUUGGGAAACCAGAACGCAACUUCACCCGAGACAUUUGCAAGUUCACUCUAGAUCAAAUCUAUGCAACCGCAUUUGGAUGUGACUUCCACAUGCAAGUCUCUCCGGAUGGAGAACGCUCCCUGGAUCUGCUGGAAGCAUACAUAAAGCUUAUGGUAGCGAGGUUCUUCACAGUGUGGAAGUACCCGGAAUUCAUCUACCGCAUGACAAAAUCGUACAAAAGAGAGCAAGAAAUUCUUAAAACCUAUCACGAUACAAUCAUUAUGAAAUUGAUACGAGCGAUAAAUUUUGAAGAACAGUUGACCAAGUCCAACGAUAAUCUCACAAAUGAAGACAUCGGUACCAAAAAACCGCAAAUUUUCAUCGACCGUCUUCUGCAACUGAUGCGAGAGGGCGAUCAAGUGUCCAGGGAAGACAUCUUUCAGCAAAUUGAUAUGAUUCUGUUCGCGGGUAAUGACACAACGGCCAAAACGACUAGCUUCAUCUUGCUCAUGUUGGCAAUGUUCCCGGAAGUGCAGGAGCGGUGCUAUCAGGAGAUCGUAGAAGUCUGUCCGGGGGAAGAUCAAAUAGUUUCGGCUGAAGAUGCCGCACACCUUACCUACCUGGAAAUGGUAUGCAAAGAGACGAUGAGACUGUUCCCCGUCGGUGCCAUACUGGCUCGGGUAACGACAGCUGACAUCAAGUUGGACGAUAAAUACACCAUUCCGGCCAACUGUACCGUAAUCAUGGGCGUCUAUCAAAUCCACCGGGACCCGAAAAUAUGGGGUCCAAACGCCGACAAGUUCGAUCCGGACAACUUUCUUCCAGAAAAUGCGGCUAAGCGACAUCCCUACGCCUUUCUUCCGUUCAGCGGAGGCCCACGGAAUUGCGUCGGAAUGCGCUAUGCGUGGUUAUCGCUGAAAAUCGUAGUCGUCCAUAUGUUGAGAAAAUAUCGUCUGAGGACUUCACUCACUAUGGACCAGAUUCGGAUCAAGUACGGCAUCAUACUGAACAUCGCGAAUGGUUGCAUGCUAACGCUGGAAAGACGGUAG